AUGGCCUCCGCCAGCAAAUCCGGCCGUGCCAGCGGCAGCUUGUCUAGGAGCACAGCUGACCUCUUCAAGAAGAAGUGGCCACGCGCAUACUUCCUGAUCGCCGUCGUCCAGCUUAUCUUGUGCAUCGCAUUUGAGGCCUACACUUUCGCCAAGUUCAACAGCAGUUUGAAGGAUAUGAGCCAGGCCCCCUACAACACCGAUGACAAAGUCCAGCCCCAGCUCAAAACCAUCCCGACUUUCCUCGCACUCUUCAUCUUCGGCUUCCUUUACGAGCUGCUCCUCGUCUGGGAUGCUCUCCGUGUCAAAAACACCAUCCAAGUCAUUGGCAUCUGUAUCGCCAACCUCGCCCUCAUGGUCUACACCUCCAUCCAGGUCGACCAAAUGAGCGACGCCAUCACAAUCCUGAAGACCCAGAAUGCCGUCAAGGACCUCGGUGUCUGGAGCGACGUGCAAGGUGUGCUGAUCGCCAUCCCCUGCAUUAUUGGUGUUGGCACCAUAUGUUUCAGCUUCGUUGCUUGGAAGUUGUACCAGGAGUUCGCCUGGGACAUCUUGAAGCACAUUGGAGCGGACUACCGCAUGAAGAAGCGAUUCCUCCACUAUCAGAUCUAUAUUGCCCUGCUCAAGUUCGAUUUCUUCUUCUUCAUUGGCUUCACCAUACAGUUCCUUGUCGUGGUCGGAGGAAAGACUGAUGCCGAGUUUGGCUUGACGUGCGCCGCCAUCCCAAUCACCAUCGCUAUACUGCUUUGCGCCGCGUGGUUCACGCGCCGAGAGUGGAAGUGGGGAAUGGUAUUCAUCAUGGUCCUCUACCUUGGCGGUCUUGCCUACUUCAUCUUCAAGUUGUCCCGAAUCUACGAUACCACCAAGGGGCCUUUCUACCAGCCUGUCAAGAAAUCCAUGACAGCCUUUGCUGUCAUCACCAUCCUUCUCAUUGUCAUCACCGUCGUAAACUGCAUGGUUUGUAUGUUGAACUUCGGCGCCGGCCUGAAGCAACAUCUUUACAACAAGCCAAACGAUAUGGAUAAGGAUCAAGUCAGCUACUCGAUGAACGACGUCAAGCAGUCAACGCAGCUACCGACCAGAAUGACCAUUGAUUGA